AUGGAGGCCUAUGAAAUUCCAUCUCCUUAUGAAUGGGAUGAAUCUUUUAGAGUAUUUUAUGACAAACUGGACGAGCAGCACAAGGGGUUGUUCAAGGGCAUCUUCGACGUCUGCAAGAGCCCAUCUGACGCUUCUGCCCUCAGUCACCUCAAGCACGUUCUUACUGAACACUUCAAGACAGAGGAGGGUAUGAUGAAGGACGCUCAUUUCAGUGACUACGACAACCACAAACACAUCCAUGACGACUUCGAGAAGCAGCUGGACGCCCAACACGUUCCGAUCCCGGUUGAAAAAGUUACAGCCGCCAAGGAAUGGCUGGUCAACCACAUUAAGGGCAUCGACUUCAAAUACAAGACCCACUUGUAA